CCGAUGGAUGGACGAGCAAUAACCUGCUGCCACCUCCAGCUAUACAAUCACCUAAAUCCAUUCUACUGGUGUGUUUUUGAUAACAAGUCCCUAUAUUCUAGAUUCAUGUCAUCCAUCUGUGAGGAAAUAAAAGUCAUCAUCCUCAGAACUUUACCCAACCUGUCUGAGGAUAUUGUACAACUGGUCAUCUCAACACUGAAAAGCUCAGGUGUGGAAUCAAAAGCAGACCUCAAGUAUGUAGAGCAGGAUGAGAUCAAAGACCUCUUGCCUGUUAUCCAGCAAAGGAAACUUCUGGAGGCAUUCAAAAUGGAAACUACAACAGUCGUGCUUGAUCUCCACCCCUUGCCAGAUGACUUGGUACAUCAAAAGUCUGCAGGCGGAAGUCUGUCUUUGUUCUCCAGUCCGUUGCCUUGCUCCUCUUCAUCUUCACUGGCUGGCUUUUCGCCCUUGUCAAGCUCUUUACCAGCUUCAGCACCUCCUGAGAUCGCCGAUGUGGAGCGGACUCUGACCCUCCCGACCAGUCCACGACUGAUACUGCUGGCUGAGAACCAUAAUGCUCAGUCUACCCUUCCUGUGGAUGAAGAUGGGGAGUUGACUCUUCGUAUCAUCCAGCUGUUGAUGGCCUAUUUUGAUGAAAGAAGAGAUGCACUGAUACUCCUUGCAGAUAUGUCUGCCACUGCAGCCGAUGUGGAGCGGACACUGACCCUCCCGACCAGUCCACGACUGAUACUGCUGGGUAAGUGUCUCAUGGAGUGCAGAACAUAA